AUGGCAAGAAAACUACAAUUCGCAUUUAAAUGUGUGGCAUCACCGAGCGACAGAAAGGCAAAUGUGAUUGCCAUAACCUCUAUCACAACUGAGGACAAUAAAAAAUAUAUGUUGCCAGAAAAUGAAAAAUUUGCAAGUAACCACAACGAACUCACAAAAACAGAAAGCUAUAAGAGAAUGAAAAAAUGCCUCAAUCAAAGAGGAAGAAAUAGUAGAAACAAACAUAAUAGAACCCACACAGAAGAAAAAUUACCAAAUAGAUUUAAAGGCAUUCAAUUACAGAACAAUGGUUGGAGACAUUUGAAAAAGAAUGUCAAAGAUUCGAAAUUAAAGAAGAUAACACAAAAUUUUGAAAUUCUAAGAUUGUUCCUUGACUGGGGAUGUUUAAACUGGCACUCACCAACACUAACAGCGUUGACAAUGGAGGUUGGUUGGAACGAAUGGAAACAGAAAUUUUUGAAAUCAUUUGCAGGCAACCGAUGGAGUACAAGUAUAUACGCUAUAUCCUACAGAUAUAAAGAAGGUUCACUAAUGGAGUACGCUAUGAGGAAAGAAAAACUACUACUGGAUAUGGACAACAAUAUCGAUUUCUGCGAAUUGAACAAGAUAGUUACACCACAAGUUCAACCAUUCUCAUUAAUAGAAGAUUUAAUACUAAAAACAAGAAACUGUAAAUACUUCACCUCAUUAGAUAUAAAUUCCACUUUCUGGUCAAUUCCAUUACGUAUUGAAGAUAGACAAAUAACAGGAUUCGUUACACAAGAGGGGCACUUCCAACAGACAUGUCUACCGUUCGGAUUAAAAACAUCAUCAGCCUUUUUCCAAAGAAUACUAUCUAAUAUUUUAAGAAAGAACAAAUUAAAAGAUUUUUCAGAAAAUUACAUAGACGACAUCUUAAUUUUUUCAAUAUCAUUCGAAGAACAUAUAGAACACAUAGAAAGAGUAAUAAAAGCAAACGAAGGUUUCAGACUAAAAUUUAAAAAAUGUACAUUUGCAACAGAAUCAGUGAAAUAUCUCGGAUACAUAAUAGAGCACAAUACAGUAAGACCAGUGAAAGAUAAUCUAAUCUCAAUACAAAAUUCUCCCAUUCCAAAAACCCAAAAGAAUAUUAGACAGUUUCUCGGAAAAAUAAACUUCUAUCAUGAAUAUAUAUCGAAAAGCUCAAUACUGCUAGACCCAUUACAUAAACUAUUAAGAAAAAAUGAGAAGUUUAUAUGGUCUGAAGAGCGUGAAAAAUCUUUCACAAAUAUAAAAAAAUUAUUAUGCUCUCAACUAGUGUUGCAAAUAUUUGAUAAAAAUUUAUCGAUAAGAAUUUACACGGAUACAUCACUAGAAGGCAUUGAUGCAAUAUUUAAACAGAUACAAAGUGAUGGUAAAGAAAAGCCAGUAACGUACUUUUCGAAAAAAUUGAAUGAUUCACAAAAAAGAAAAGAAGCAAUUUACGUAGAAUGCCUGGCAAUCAAGGAAGCGGUAAAGUAUUGGCAACAUUGGCUGAUUGGAAGAAAGUUCACAAUAUUCACGGACCAUAAAUCAUUAGAAGGUAUGAACAUAAAAGCUAGAACAGAUAAAGAACUUGGGCAGUUAACGUACUAUUUGUCACAAUAUGAUUUUCAAAUUAAAUAUAUUCCGGGAAAAGAUAACGCUGAAGCAGAUAGUUCUAUCUGUUCUAGUACUAUAACCAUUCGAAAAUACAGAAGAAAUACUAAAAAUAAAUUAAGGUUAAAAUUAAUUAAAGAAAUACACUCUGAAUGGUGUCAUGUAGGGAUCAAACAAAUGAUAAACAGGAUAUCUCCUUAUUAUACAGAUAAAGAUAUAACUGCAAAUAUAAAAAAAAUUUGCCAGAGUUGUGAAAUAUGUAUUAAGAACAAAUCCAGAGGGCAAGGAAAAUAUGGACUGAUGUCACAAUUAGGACCAGCAACAAAAUCAUUUGAAAUAAUGUCUAUAGACACCAUUGGAAGCUCCGGUGGACAAAGAUCGACAAAAAGAUACCUCCACCUGCUGGCAAGAUACGUAUUUAUGGUAAUAUCAAAAACUCAGAGUGCAACGGACUUUAUCAAGCUGAUAAAUAAAGUGCUAGAAACGGACAAAAUAGGAAUAAUACUCGCAGAUCAAUACCCCGGAAUAAACUCAAGAGAAUUUAAGAAAUUCUUAAAAGAAAAUGAAACUAAACUAAUUUUUACGGCUGUCAACACGCCCUUCUCCAAUGGUCUGAACGAGUGA